GGAAGUUGGGGAGUCCUCGGAGGGUAGGUGUUUCUUAUGACGGUAUCUGGGGGGGGUCAAUAAAGGGCGAUGAUAACAAUACCCCUGACGGCGUAUGGGGGCGGCUAUCCCCAGAGGCAAGCUAAAAUAUUAACCACAACAGGGCAUUCACAGCUGCUACUAGGAGUAGGUGGGUUGCUUUACAAACGAUAUAUCUCCACUAUUUCCUCGCCAUUAUUCUCGAAAGCCCACCCAAACAGUGUCCGGCGAUCAGGGUCAUCCUCCGUCUCGAAGUCAGCGCACUGGUGUAGCAGUAGCAGCAGCAGUAGCAGCAAGAGUGGCAGCAACAGCCGCUUCAACACUGGUCAUGAUCAUUCUUUGCAGCCAGCCGUAGCAGUCUCUGGCUCAAGCUGUCGUGACAGUCUGAAUCGGCGCAUCUCUCAAGCAGCAACAUCGACGCUAUCUCAUGAUAAUCUCGUGUGCAGCGUUAUGAAGCACUGUCAACGUUAUAGAUCUUUCACGAGAUCUGCGCCAGGGUUACUGCUCUUGAACAAGCUGCCUCGGAAAACAUCCAAGCAGAGAUUCAGUGCGUCGUCCAUCGUCAUGCCGAAAGUUACAAUAUCCGCCAGCAGUAGCAACCCUACAGAUAUCAUGGAUUCCAAUUGAAGGAAUGAUCGCCUUUCUAUCACCGGGACCUUUUGGAC